UUUCCCCAUUACUCAAAACCUUAACUUCACACUCGACAUUCUCCCUCUAAAACCAUUGAUUCAAUCCAUCAAUUCUUGCAUUCCUCUUUCAAUUUGGCAGUUCAAAAUUAGUGUAGGAUACUCUAGCUUGCUCAAAGGUUACUAGUUGUUAAAUCAAGACUAUUCUUAAUCAUCCAUAAGUAUUGAAGGUAAUUUUUAAUUGUUUUUAUAGCUUUAUGUUGUUUUUUGAAGUACUGUUGUUGAAUUAGUGGAAUUCAAUGUUGAUAAUAUUAUUAGAAAUGAAGUAAUAUUAUUAGUAAUAAUUUUUAGACCAAAAAAGAUUAUUAUCAAAUGAAUAUAAUGUACUUGUAUGGGCAUAAAGUUGAUGAUGAAGUUGAUUUUCUUUGUAUUAAUGUAGAAAAUGACAUCAUUUUGCGUGACUAUAGUAUGUUUUUGGAAUGGUUGUAUUCGAGAAAGUAGUGGCAAAGUUCAUUAUGUUGGGGGAAGACGUAAGUUGUUUGCUUGCAAUUCGAACAUGGAUUUGAACCACUUUAAACGUUUUAUAUGUUCUAAGAUUGGAUUCGACCAUACUAGAAGUACCGUAAAUAUAAGCUUUAAAUAUGACAUGAGUGGAGAAUUGCUUGCCUUUCCUGUUGAGGAUGAUGAAGCUAUAGAUGCUAUGUGGGAGCAUUCAAAGUCCACCCAAAUUCCCUCUUUGGAGUUAUACGUAGAAGAAGUACCCGUAGGGAAUGUAGUUGCUUCUAAUCCUAUUCCUACCCCUAUGCCUAUAUUAAAUCAGGAAACUCUUAAUCCUUUCGUUCUUUUCGCAUCUUGUACUUUUUCUCAACCCCCUACGAAUCAAGUUCCAAUUGAUUCAAUGUUCAACUUAGGAGAAACUGCUGAGAUGGGACCUUGGGAUGAUGGAAAUGAAAGUAUUGAGCUUAUUGACAAUCCUUCUGAGGACGAUGUGGAUGUCGAUGAGGAUGCGCUAGCAAAUGACAUGACCCUAGGCAACAUUCCUACAAUCAUUCCUCCUACACCUUAUGCCCUCUGUCCACCUUUAGACGAGUAUGAGGAGGUCAUAGGUAUGGCGUUACUAACACGAACUUAGUUGAAGUUUUCAAAUAUGUGAUGAAGGGUGUAUGUUUCUUACCUUUGACAACACUUGCUGAAUUCACCUUCUAUCGAGUAAACGACUAUUUUUUUCAAAGACGUGAACGUGCUAGCGCAUGGUUACUUGGAGGACACGUGUACACAACGCAUGCCACUAGAAUUAUCAAUAGAAAUACUGAGAAGGCAAAUUUCCAUGACAUAAUCGCAUUUGAUUAUAGAAGUGGUGUGUUCGAAGUUAAGACUGGGAGGGGAAUUAGAGGAUCGUCCAAAGGGGGUAAGAUUCAACAUGUAGACUUGAAUCAAAUGAAGUGCACAUGUAACAAACUUGAGAUAUACCACCUUCCUUGUUCACAUAUACUUGCUGUUUGCAUCAAACGACACCUUUCAUAUGAGAGGUUCGUGGAUCCGUGCUAUACAUCUCAAAGUUAUGCAAGUACAUACGAACGUUACUUUAUGCCAAUGAUCGAUAAGAGGUCAUGGUCGAAAUACACGGGCUUUGAACUUAGACAUGAUCCCGAUCAAAUUCGAGGUAAAGGGAAGCCUAAGUCUAGGAGAAUUGCAAACGAAAUGGAUGAGGGUAGAAAGAAACGAUCUGAUUGUCGUCGUUGUGGGAGUGAAGGUCACAACACUAGAACCCGUAACUCAAGGUAAUAUGUUAUAUAUAUUAUACUAGCAUGAUAAUCUGUAACUCAAGGUAAUAUGUUAUAUAUAUUAUACAUGAUUACAUAAUUGUAAUAUUAACUAAAGCUACUGCAAACAAAGCAGUAGAGUAGAUGGAUCCAGCAGCUCCAGGACCCCUAGAUCCUAGUGUCUUGACUAUGCAGCAUGAGCACAGGAAAACUCCUCUUUAGGAUGCCCAGGUUAGGUGUACGAUAGUUGUGAUUUGCAUUUUACUAAUGCUAACAUACAAGUAACUUAUUUAUAUGUCAAUAUUCAUAGGUGUCUGAUGCAAAAACGCUAGGCACCAGGCAUCCAGAUUCUGUUCCAUGGGUGAUCGAUGAUAAGAUCGUCCCGUACUUAGAGUUAACAAGGUUAUACGAGUUUCACCUCGUUGCAUACGGCAGAGUAGACCGUGCCAUUAUCACAGCACUGGUCCAGAGAUGACGUCAAGAGACGGCGUCAGGAGACGCAUACAUUUCAUCUCCCUCUAGGUGAGGCUACCAUCACAUUGCUUGAUGUAGCCUUACUAACACGGCUUCCCAUCGAGGGACGUGCCGUGUGUACAGCCGAACGCCAGCUAUCAGGCUGGCGUGACAUGGUGCAUCGCAUAUUGGGAGAGCGCCCUCCACCAGAAGUGAUCAGGGGGAGCGGUUUGCGCUGCACGUGGUUAGUUCAAACCUUCUCGCAUCUCCCCGAAGAUGCUGAUGAAGGCACCAUUUUGAGGUACGCCAAGACGUACCUCUUAUACUUGAUAGGAGCUGUGUUGUUUGCCGAUAAAACAAACAACCAAAUACAACUCCUUUACUUAACUUUACUUGAUGACCCCUGGGAGCGCAUCGCUGAGUAUAGCUGGGGCUCCGCAGCCCUUGGAUACCUGUAUAGGAGGCUAUGUGGUGCUGCCCAAAAUAACGUCAAGGAGAUUGCGGGGCCAAUAGUCAUAUUAUAGCUGUGGGCUUUGGAGCAUAUUCUUAUCGGCCAACCUUACAGAACCGUUGGUCGUGGUGAUACUGCUCCUCCACAACCCCCACUAGAUGUUGCGUACGGUUCAAGGUGGAAUUUUGCACGCCGGACGCGCAAGCACACCGUCACCGGUCUCGGAUUCAACCGAGAUCAGUUAGACCUGCUACGACCUAACCAGUUUUUGUGGGACCCAUACCCAGUGCAAGCCGACGUAACUGUACCCGAACACUCGGGAAUUCAUUCAGGUGCGUGGAGGGCUUCUGUGCCACUCAUAUGCUUCGACAUUGUUGAAGUACAUCCACCAGAGCGCGUACGGAGCCAAUAUGGGUUGGUACAGGGCAUUCCACCGCCUUGUGACACUGAAUCCCAGCUACACCAGAUUUCGCGCAAAAAUCAGGGUACGACAAACUGGGUGGACAUCAUCGCUCGUUGGGAUGCUAGACUGGAGCUGCUGGCACAAGGUGCGCUUGUUCAUGGCGCACUUACUACACCAGACUACAUGUAGUGGUUCCUCUCCGUCAUGUGCCGAUGGAUGACACCACAUGCCAUCUUCGCAGCAGCACAUUACGCACCUGCUGCGCCUACGAUGACACAAUUUGCACAAGGUGCGGCACCAGUGAUGCGGUACAGCCACGAGGAACCGAUGAGGGAGAUUGCGCAUGGCAUGCUUGUCGGCUCGCAGUUCCAGCACUUCAUACCGGAAGUCGCUGCAGAGUCCUCACCGACUACCGCCCAUACGCACGUCUCAUCUCCUGGUUAUGACUAUCAUUUGGAGGAGAUGGAUCAUUCAUACCCCGUUGACGUUGCAGGGACCUCGUAGGCUAAGCCAUCACAGUACCAAUCCCCUCCACUGCCAGAGUGACCCGAACGCCUCUUACUAUCGUAGGAGGCAUAGGAGACCAACUCAGUUGGAUAGGGUAGAUGAGGGUCGUGAGCGUUAACAUUUA